AUGUCCGGUGCUCGCGUGUUUUUCGAUAUCGCUGCCGAUGGUUCGCCAUUAGGUCGUAUUAUUUUCCAGCUCUACUCAGAUGUCCCAAAAACUACUGAAAAUUUCCGUGCACUGUGUACUGGCGAGAAGGGCUUCGGAUACAAGAACUGCGUUUUCCACCGGAUAAUCCCCCAGUUCAUGUGCCAGGGAGGUGACUUUACGAACGGAAAUGGCACCGGUGGAAAGAGCAUUUACGGUUCCAAGUUCGAAGACGAGAAUUUCAUCCAUAAACAUACCAAGCCCGGUCUCCUCUCCAUGGCGAACGCUGGCCCGAACACCAAUGGCUCCCAGUUCUUCAUCACAACCGUACCUUGCUCCUGGUUGGACGGCAAGCACGUUGUCUUCGGUGAAGUGGCUGAGGGUAUGGAUGUUGUCAAGAAGAUGGAGGCCCUCGGUUCCUCGUCUGGUAAAACAUCGAAGAAAGUCACAAUAUCCGAUUGCGGUCAGCUGUGA